CGUCACCAAACCACGUGUCCUGCGCUGAUAGUAUAUCUUAUACUGGGAAAAGUAAUCUAUCAGACAGUCCUUUUAAAAGCUCCGGCCUUUAAAAGCAGCAUGUGUCACCUCGACUCGGUUCUCCAAAUAUCCCUCCUAUAGGAGCUACACGCGCCGAGACGCGACGUCGGGGCGCAAAAGUCGAGCCGUCUGCGAAGAACUUCGAGGAAAGACGCGCAGGUUCCACGCGGGCCGCCGACGGGAGAAAUAUUUGUAGAAGUUGAAGUGUCUGUUCGGCCUCACCGACUGAACGAUCCACCGACCGCAUUUAGACCUUGAGAGACAUCCGAUCUCUUGACAGCGGCGACGAGAAGUGCAACAGAGCCGCCGCGUUUGCGCGCGGACCGGUCCCCCCGAACCCGGCCGUUCCGGCUCCAAUAGACUUGUAAGCUCCAAGUAAGCCGUGAGAUGACCCUGUCUGGGGCCAGCGACAGAGCCAGCGACAUGUCCGGCCAAACUGUGCUCACGGCGGAGGACGUGGACAUCGACGUGGUGGGCGAGGGAGACGAGGAGGGCAUGGAGAGGAUGGACAGCGACUGCGACAGCCCGGGGGGAGGCAUCCUGCACGACCUGCGAGAGGAGGUGGGGGACGAUGAGGUGGAAGACGAGAUCGAGGUGGAGAAGGAGGAGACGGGCUCCGGCGGCGGCAGCCCGUGCUGCGAAAGCUCCGGCGAGGGGGAGGCGGGCCCCGGGAAGGGAGAGGGUCACGACGGGAGCGCCGCGCCGGGGGCGGCGGUCCAGAAGCCCAAAAGCAGCCUGGUGAAGCCGCCGUACUCCUACAUCGCCCUCAUCACCAUGGCCAUCCUCCAGAGUCCGCAGAAGAAGCUGACGCUCAGCGGCAUCUGCGAGUUCAUCAGCAACCGCUUCCCGUAUUACCGGGAGAAGUUCCCCGCGUGGCAGAACUCCAUCCGCCACAAUCUGUCGCUCAACGACUGUUUUGUGAAAAUCCCCCGGGAGCCCGGCAACCCCGGGAAGGGCAACUACUGGACCCUGGACCCGGCUUCGGAGGACAUGUUCGACAACGGCAGCUUCCUCAGGAGGAGGAAAAGGUUCAAGAGAGUUCAGCCGGACGUGCUCAGGGACCAGACCGCGCUCAUGAUGCAGAGCUUCGGCGCGUACAGCCUCGGGGGCCCGUACGGGAGGCACUACGGGAUCCACCCGGCCGCGUACUCCCACCCAGCAGCGCUGCAGUACCCCUACAUCCCCCCCGUGGGUCCCAUGCUGCCGCCGGGCGUCCCGCUGCUGCCCUCGGCCGAGCUGAACAGAAAGGCGUUCAACUCCCAGCUCAGCCCGAGCCUUCAACUCCAGCUCAACAGCCUGAGCACGGCGUCCAUGAUCAAGUCGGAGCCGUCCAACAGGCCGUCUUUCAGCAUAGAGAACAUCAUCGGGGUCUCCAGCGCCUCGUCGUCCUCGCCGGGCGCAGCUCAGGCUUUCCUGCGGCCUCCUGUGACCGUUCAGUCGGCCCUGCUGAGCGCGCAGUCCCUGUCUCUGACCCGGACCUCAGCCGCUAUCGCUCCCAUCCUCAGUGUGCCGUCGAAUAUUAUUUCUGGACACGUUUUACCUUCAGCAGCGGCCGCGGCAGUGUCUAAAUGGCCUUCACAGUGACUUACAGCCAGUAAAAACGAAUCUUAUAUUUUUUAUAAAGACAUUCUCGAAGGGGUGAAGUGUGAACAGCACAAAUAGGCAGCACUGGACUCUGUAGCCAUGUAAAGUGUUGAAACAGACAAUAGAAACAUGGACAAAUUUCUGUACAGGUAAUAUUUGUAAAUAUUUGUAAAAUAAGACGAUUUUACCUGUUUUACUUUCAUCUGUCUUUUUUCUUUGGUUCCUGUUGAAACCUGUGGUAAUUCUUUUACAUUUUGUUUUUGUAUCGGGAGCUGGAGUGGACAUAAAAAAUUCAAGACACAAAAAUCUCUGCAAGAGAAAAAUAGACUAUGUUUAUAACAAAAAAUAAAUAUAUGUAAUUCUAUGUAGCUAUA